AAUAUUUACCAAGUGCUCCGACACGAAGCAUGCCGCUUCAAAUUGUUCUCGAAUUCAGUGGAGGAGCAGAGCUGUUAUUCAACAAAAUAAAGAAACAUGAAGUCACCUUACCUGCGUCUGAAAAAGAUUGGACAAUAGGAUCACUGCUGCCGUGGAUGAGAGACACCAUGCUACAGGAGCGACCAGAACUCUUCAUGCAAGGAAACACAGUGCGUCCAGGGAUACUGGUGUUGAUCAAUGAUUCAGACUGGGAAUUAAUGGGAGAGCUGGAUUACCCUAUAAAGGAUAAUGACCGGAUAGUGUUCAUAUCUACCUUACACGGAGGAUGAUGGCUCCAGCACAGAAAAAAUCUCAUCAAAUACAUGCAUCUUCAAUGAGAGGGAAUAAACAUUGUGAUUUCCAUCUUCCACACAAGUUUUAUGGGCUUUUGAAACACAGAAUCAGGAUUGUAGGAAAUAUACUAGUGUGCAGACCAUUGCUGAUGAAUGAUGUGUGUGCGUCUGUGGUUGGGAACAUUCUACCUAUGGCAAUAAACUUGGUAUACCUGUGGCACUUCUACAUUUUACCAAAUUCAACUUGAUGCAACGGUUGUAAUGACUUAGAAAACUUCAGUGUGUAGGUGAUUGUCCUGAUCAGUUGCGAGUCAGAUAUUGUUCUGAGGAGGAUCUCAUAUUAUUAAAUGAACAAUGAUGAAA